AUGGCCCAGCGCAGGGUCCUGCUGAUCCUCCCACCCAAAUUAUGUCCGAGAUGCUCUGCAGCCGGCUCCACAGACACAAUUAGCGGUCCAACGCUCGCAACCAACCAAGAGGGCGAAUCUCCAAACCUCAUCGCCAUCGGCUCUGCCAUGGAGGGGCUGCUGAGCCGUUUGUCUGACUCUCGCGCGUCUGUCCCCCACCACGAUGCUAGUGAUGCUAGCAAUAUCUGGCUUCUUUUACACUCUCGCCGUCUCCGCCUAGCUCCCGCCCAGGAUUCCGAGCUGCCGGACCCCUUCCCUUUCGUUUUGUCGCCAGAGCCAAUCUCGAGUCCGGCCCGGCUCCACGUGCAGCGACGAGACGCCGUUGAUCAAAGCGGCUGGUGCCACAGCCGCAGCGAACAAGCUGCCAGAGCGCCUGUCUUACCGUUGAAGAUCGUGGCGGCGCACCUGAGCUCACCUGAGCAGUUUUUUUUGGAGUAG